AUGGCUUCCUGGAGCCAUGUGCUGUCCCCAGCCUUUGCAGGCCCCACCUCAGACCCUUCUCCCAACGACACUGCGCAGCCCGGCGGGGCCGACCCCGCCUCUCGCUCCCAGCUUGCCGUGCUACAGUGGCGGCGCGGCGGGCGGAGCCGGGAGGCGGGGAAGCAGUGGCCUUGUGAGCGUGAGGAGCUGCCGCCACCGCCUGCUCCUCGUCGUCCUCGUCCUCCGGGGCCCCGGCGUCGUGGGCCGCGCACGGCCCUGGAAGAGACGUCGCCUCGCCUUCAUCCGCCUCUCUCACCGCGCCGCUCCCGCCUCCUCGUCCUGCGCUGCGGGCUCAGGCGGAACCCGGAACGGCCGUCCUCUUACCCCGCCUUCUGCCGCCGCCGCCUCCUCCUCCUCCUCCUUCUCGGCUUCCUCUUCAGCCCCGGGCCGGAGCGGGGUGUCGGCGGCGGCCGGUUCGGGCGGCGACUCGCGCUUCUCUGGGCGGCGGCGCUUGGCCAUGUCGUGUCGGGGAAGGUAAUGAGCCGCAGAGCCCCGGGGUCUCGGCUGAGCAGCGGCGGCACCAACUAUCCGCGGAGCUGGAAUACUGGCAACCCAGAGAGAUCGAUGUCUUAUUGUGAUGAGUCUCGACUGUCAAAUCUUCUUCGGAGGAUCACCCGGGAAAACGACCGAGACCGAAGAUUGGCUACUGUAAAGCAGUUGAAAGAAUUUAUUCAGCAACCAGAAAAUAAGCUGGUACUAGUUAAACAAUUGGAUAAUAUCUUGGCUGCUGUACAUGACGUGCUUAAUGAAAGUAGCGAAUUGCUUCAGGAGUUGAGACAGGAGGGAGCUGGCUGUCUCGGCCUUCUUUGUGCUUCUCUGAGCUAUGAGGCUGAGAAGAUCUUCAAGUGGAUUUUUAGCAAAUUUAGCUCAUCUGCAAAAGAUGAAGUUAAACUCCUCUACUUAUGUGCCGCCUACAAAGCACUAGAGACUGUAGGAGAAAAGAAAGCCUUUUCAUCUGUAAUGCAGCUUGUAAUGACCAGCCUGCAGUCAAUUCUUGAAAAUGUGGAUACACCAGAAUUGCUUUGCAGAUGUGUUAAGUGCAUUCUUUUGGUGGCUCGAUGUUACCCUCAUAUUUUCAGCACUAAUUUUAGGGAUACAAUUGGUAUAUUAGUUGGAUGGCAUAGAGAUCAUACUCAGAAACCUUCGCUCACGCAGCAGGUAUCUGAAUUUCUUAUGCGAUUCCAAGGGUGGUUGCAGAGUUUGGAGCCAUUUUGGGUAGCUGAUCUUGCAUUUUCUACGCCUCUUCUUGGUCAGUUUCUAGAAGACAUGGAAGCAUAUGCUGAGGACCUCAGCCAUGUGGCCUCUGGGGAAUCAGUGGAUGAAGACGUCCCUCCUCCAUCAGUGUCAUUACCAAAGCUGGCUGCGCUUCUCCGGGUAUUUAGUACUGUGCUGAGGAGCAUUGGGGAACGCCUCAGCCCAAUUCGGGCCCUCCAAUUACUGAGGCAUACGUAACAGAUCUUGGAUCCUAGCAUGACUAUACAUUGUGACAUGGUCGUUACAUAUGGAUUAGACCAACUGGAGAAUUGCCAGACUUGUGGUACCGAUUAUAUCAUCUCAGUCUUGAAUUUACUCACGCUGGUUGUUGCUGUAGCCCGUGCUGUUUAUCAAGCAAUGCUCAGCUUGAAGAAUAUUCCUGUUUUGGAGACUGCCUAUAAGUUAAUAUUGGGAGAAAUGACUUGUGCCCUAAACAACCUCCUGCACAGUCUGCAACUUCCUGAGGCCUGUUCUGAAAUAAAACAUGAGGCUUUUAAGAA